CUGGUAACAUUGUUUACUUCCAUAAUCUUUCUUUCCAUUUUAUACCUUGUGGAAAAAUGGCUGAUAAUAAAUUAUAUGAAAUCUUAGGAGUUUCUAGAAAUGCAAGUGAUUCCGAAAUAAAAAGGAACUAUCAUAAAUUGGCCAAGGAAUUUCAUCCAGAUAAAAACCCCGCUGCAGGUGAUAAGUUUAAAGAAAUUAGUUACGCUUAUGAAGUUUUGUCGGAUCCUAAAAAACGACAAACCUAUGAUAAAUAUGGAUUGAAGGGAUUACAGGAGGGUGGUGGCCAUGGAGGUUUCCCACCUGAGGAGUUUCUUGGUCACUUCUUUGGUGACAUAUUUGGAAUGGGUGGCAGUAGAGACAGGGGUCCUGCUCGUGGAGAAGAUACAAUCCACCCUCUCAAAGUAACUUUAGAGGAUAUGUAUGUCGGAAAAACUGCAAAGUUGCAAUUAAGUAAAAACGUAAUUUGCGGUCCUUGUAAGGGUAUUGGCGGAAAACCAGGAGCAGUUGUAUCUUGUAAGGAUUGUCAUGGACAGGGUAUAAAAGUGUCUUAUCAACAGAUCGCCGCCCAUAUGACUCGCCAAUUCCAAACACGCUGUCCAACAUGCCAUGGACAAGGUGAAACAAUCAAUGACAAGGACAAGUGCCCAAAAUGCAAAGGUAAAAAAGUUUUGAAUGAGACUAAAAUAUUGGAGGUACAUGUUGACAAGGGCAUGCGGGAAAAUCAGAAGAUUUACUUCAGAGGGGAAGGUGAUCAGCAACCUGAUACUCAACCUGGAGAUGUCAUUAUUGUGCUUCAACAGAAACCUCACGAUGUGUUCCAAAGGACUGGUGAUGACCUGGUCAUGAAACAUGAAAUUACAUUGACAGAAGCAUUGUGUGGUUUUCAGUUUGUUGUCAAACACUUAGAUGGUCGGGACUUGCUAAUUAAACAUACAGCCGGUGAAGUCAUAAAACCUGGAGAUUUAAAAGGGAUACAAGGUGAAGGUAUGCCUCAGUAUAAGAACCCAUUCGAGAAGGGCAAUUUGUACAUAAAAUUUGAUGUUGUUUUCCCAGAAAAUAAUUUUGCCUCUGAAGAUAAGUUGAAAAAAAUUGAAUGUAUUUUGCCACCACGUCCAGCCUUUGUUAUGCCUACUGGUGAUGAUGUUGAGGAAGUCAAUUUGAUGGAUUACACAGCCAGUGAGCGAGGCAGAGGCCGUGAGGAAGCUUAUGCCAGUGACGAUGAUGAGCAUAUGCAUGCUGGCCCUAAUGUACAGUGUGCUCAUCAGUAGUUCAAUUUACAUCCUCUAUGGAUUCCUACUCAAACCUCACACUAUAUAAUUUUAUAUAGGUAGUUUAAUAUAAAUAAUAUUAUUACCUACUACACCUUACAUAUUUUACAAGCUGUUGUUAUUUAACAACUGCCUACAAAUAUGAAAAAAAAUUGUGACCCCCAAUUGCAAUGUAAUUUGUGAUCAAAGGCCACAAGACAAUCAAGUGUAGACAUUUAUCUUUAAUAUUUGUUUAAAAUAGUAGUGUUUUUUUACAUCAUGCUAUUCAUUCCAAUGACAUUUUGUA